AUGGCAAUGCCCGACGGUUUCGAAAUGGUUGACUGCGACAUGGUGGAAGCUGCUGCAGACGGCUAUGCUGCAGUAGUAGCAAGCGAUGCGCGUGUUCAUCAUGAGGAGGAGGAUGGCGACGCCAACUACGUCUUAGCGCAGCACAACUACGACAUCAAGCUCUUCAAGGUCGGCAAGUUCAUCCCGAAGCCCACGCUCGAGACACUAUGCUUUCGCCCUGAGGAGGCCUUCGUCACGUGCGUGCCGGCGGAUCUGCAGCUCGGCGUGUUGUUUGGGCAGUAUAAUCGGCUCGCCGAGAGGAGCUUUACGGCGAGACCUUCUCUUGAUCGGAUCGAGCAUAUCCUCAACCGCUCGAUGUUCUACUGGGGUAUGGAUGCGACACAUUCAUUCUCGCGCUUCUUCAACCAGGUUCGAUACAACGUCGCCUUGAUGGCCUUUGCAUGGGCGUCUGGCUUCGAUAGCAAAUACUGCAAGCCAUACGUUCAGAACUUCGUCCAAGCCUACGUGAGAGCGUGGAUCGAAAACCUUGUGGACAAGCGCGACCUGAAGCUGAAUGAUUUCUCCGAGCGUGAGCAGUUCCUGGAGAUCUGGGCGCAGGGCCCAUACGACUUGAUCAACUUCAACUCGGCGCAGCUUAAAAAGAUGAAGAUUAUCUAUAGGAAGUUGAUGGAGGUCGAGAUCGAUCACAAGCUUACGGUGCAGCCUGAGAACUUUAUUGCAAUGUGCCACAACGGCGACAUCGAUCCAGAGACCUUCGAGCAGUAUGGCCCUAUCCUUGCGAUGCGUUGGUUGCACGCCCACCAGCGGUCUGCGAAUGUCGAUCAGGCUGACUACGACAUGCUUCAGCAACAGAUCUUGGCUGCAGAUAGAGAAUUAGAGGAAAAAUUGGCAAAGCUCGAGCAGCUUCAACUAAGGAAGUUGGGCAUCGAAGUCACACCCCAAGCGCGGGAUACUCUCGACAACGUCGAUUGGACGUCGGAACUGCUAGCCUCUCUGCUCUCCCGCGUCGAUCAGAGCCUCCCCCACCCCAGCGAAAUCAUGCAGAACAAACCGGGCGGCGAUGACGUGAAGACCUUCUGGAUGGACCCCAACGUCAUCUUCACCGAGGUUUUCAAGAAGCAGGCGGAGGAUGGCCAGAAUGGGGGAGGGCAGAACAGUGGUGAGAAUGGACAGCCGGAGAAGAGUGUUGGGAUGGAUGUGCUCAGCAAUUUACUGGCGGAUCUGAGACUGAAGAGGUCUGAAUGA